CAUAUAUUUAAUAUUUUUAUCGCUUUUUUUUUAAUUUAAUCUAUGCUUAAUUUAUUCAGUAAAAAUAUUGGCAUUUACUUAAAAAAUUAUAAACAAUAUUCAACUAAAAUGAGUUUAAAUUUAGCUAAAAAAAUUGCUGCUUAUAAAGCAGUUGAUGAAUGGGUAAAAGAUAAAACAGCAAUUGGUAUUGGAAGUGGGUCAACUGUUGUUUUUGCAGUACAAAGAUUAGCUGAACGUGUUCAUAAUGAUAAUUUAAAAGUUGUUUGUGUUCCAACCAGUUUUCAAGCAAGACAAUUAAUUAUUGAAAAUGAUUUAGAGUUGAGCGAUUUAGAUCGUAAUCCAAUCUUAGAUAUUGCUAUUGAUGGUGCUGAUGAAGUAGAUUGCGAUAAAACAUUAAUUAAAGGUGGUGGUGGUUGUUUGUUACAAGAGAAAAUUGUUGCAUCUUGUGCUGAAAAACUCAUUAUUGUGGCUGAUUAUACAAAAGAUUCAAAGAAAUUAGGACAACAAUAUAAAAAAGGAAUACCAAUAGAAGUUGUACCAAUGGCAUAUAUACCUAUUCAAAAAAAAAUUGCAAAAAUGUUUGGAGGUGAAUUAAAAUUAAGAAUGGCUGUAGUUAAAGCAGGUCCAUGUGUAACAGAUAAUGGUAAUUUUAUCUUAGACUGGAUUUUUGAUGAAAAUACUAUUUAUAAUUGGAGUAGUGUUAAUAGAGAAUUACUCUUGAUACCAGGUGUUAUUGAAACUGGUUUAUUUAUUGAUAUGACAGAAAAAGUUUAUUUUGGUAUGGAAGAUGGCAGCGUUAAGGAAAAAAUUUAAUAUAACUUGCAAUAUAUUUCUUUUAAUUUUUAUAUUUUGAUAUAUUUUUUUUAUAAUUUUGCGGAAGGUACUUAUAAAUACCUAGGCUUGCUCGAAUGAGAAUAAUUUCAAUAAAUUUUAUAUUUUUUUUUAUAGAAAACUAAAAAAUUUUGUUUGUGUUAUUCAAAAAUUAAACUUUGUAUAAACAUAGAUACAUACUUAAAAAUAUAAAAAA